AUGCACCUCCGCAUCGGCUCCGUCCCCACCAUCGUGGUCUCCGACUCCUCCACUGCGCGAGCAUUUCCUCAAAUCCCACGACACACCUUCGCCAACGCCCCCCUUUGGAGGUCUUCCGCCUCCCUCUCCUACGCGCCACAGGCGGCGUUCGCCUUCGCCGACUACGGCGACUACUGGCGCCACAUUCGCAAGCUCUGCGUCACCCACCUCCUCUCCGCGCCCAAGAUCUUGGCCUUUCGGCCGGUACGUGCUGAAGAAGUCGCGCUUUUCGUAGGAACGCUGGCGUGCGCCGCCAAGUCUGGCUCCGGGGUGAGCGUUUCGUCGGCAGUGAAGGAGGUGAUAUGUGGUAUCGUGACCCGGACGAUUAUGGGGAGGAAGUUUGAGGCCGGGACAGAGGAAGGGAGGAGGUUUAUGGAGAAUACCAAGGAGCUCAUGAGUUUGUUCGGAGCGUUCAACGCUGCUGAUUUCUUGCCGGCGCUUAGGGUUUUUGACGUGCAGGGGUUGAGGAAGAGGAUGAGGAAGGUGCAUGCGGAGUUUGAUGAGAUGCUGGAGAGGGUGAUUGAUGAGCAUUUGAAGGAGGGGAAGAAGAGGGAAGGGGAGGUGAAGGAUUUUGUGGAUGUGAUGUUGGAGUUGAUGGAGAGUGGAGAGGAGGUUGAUGGGGUGAGGAUUGAUCGGACUACCGUCAAGGCCAUUGUUCUAAUCGUUUUGAACAAUCCGAGCUCUAUGAAGAAAUCUUUGGUUUUUUGUUUAAUGCAAAGUUCAUGAGUAUUGGUGAAGAAAAAUUAAUGGAACAUUGCAUUAAAUUACAAAGAUACUUGGAACACAACCAACAAUGUGAUAUACAUGGGAAAGAUUUAUUCAAUGACCUACGAGCUUUGCAAACAAUGUUGCCGAAGGAAGUGACUAAAUCAAUAGACAUCCUUGACUUCAUAAGAUCUUAUUGGGAUGAUGGUGGCUUUCAAUGUGCAUGGGUUGCUUAUCGGAUUUUGUUAACUAUCCCAGUUACGGUUGCCUCGGCAGAGAGAAGUUUUUCCAAGUUGAAAUUAAUAAAAAGUUAUCUUCGCACUACCAUGUCACAGGAACGAUUGAAUGGAUUGGCAAUGAUAUCAAUUGAAAAUGAAUACUUAGAGAAACUUGAGUAUGAUGACUUAAUUGAAGAAUUCGCUUCAAAAAAUUCAAGGAGAAGUAUUUUUCUUUGAUGGGAAUUGUAGCACAAAUGUAAUCUCUUCUUAUAUGAAUAUUGAUUUUGCAUGAGAA